AUGUGGUUUGAUGAAGAUCAACAAACAAAAUCAAAUGAUACAGUAAUAGAAGUAGAAAAUUCAUCUGAUGAAGAAACAGAAAAAUGUACUUGUCAUAAAGGAUGUUCAACUCGAUCUUGUUCUUGUUUUAAAAAUGGUAAUGGAUGUAAUUCAUCAUGUGGUUGUAAUGGAACUUGUCGAAAUAUGUUCAAUCAUCUUGAAUAUUUUUUUGGUAAUGAUAAAAAAUAUUCUGCUCAUCCGUGUUUUGCACAAUGGCUUAAAAAAACUGUAAAAAAUGCUGAUGCACUUCAAAUGAUUGAUCGAGAAAAAUUACGUCAACGUAUUAUUAAAUCUGAAAACUAUCCAGAAAUGUUUGCAGAUGAUGAUAAUUCAAAAGAAUGGAAGAAAAAAAAUGAAAAUGAAAAAUUAAUUGAUACUCAAAGUUUAUUUCGAAAUCUUAUGUCAAAUCAAGCAACAGAUCUUU